CAUAUAAGGAGCUCAGCAUGACCAAUCUGUUGAUAUUUAAGAAUCAACAAGUAGUGUGCAUUUAUAAUUGUGUAUUCAUGAAGAAGUAGUGUUGAUCAUGUCAAGAAUGAGGUUGGCAUUGGUAGGGGUGAUGCUAUGUGUAGUGAUCCCCUCCGGCAUGUUUGGCAUAUACCUCCACGGCCAAAAGCUAACCUACUUCGUCCGGCCGCUCUGGGACUCCCCUCCCAAGCCCUUCACAACGAUAACUCACUACUACCACGAGAAUGUGUCGAUGGAGACUCUUUGCAGGCUUCACGGGUGGGGGGUCCGGGACUUCCCCAGGCGCGUCUAUGAUGCUGUCCUCUUCAGCAACGAGGUCGACAUGCUCAUGAUCCGCUGGAAGGAGUUGCACCCGUACGUGUCGCAGUUCGUCCUGCUGGAGUCCAACUCCACCUUCACGGCCCUCCCCAAGCCCCUCAACUUUGCCUUGAAUCGGGAGAAGUUCAUGUUUGUUGAGUCCAGGCUUAACUACAACACGAUAGGCGGAAGGUUCAGGAAAGGCGAGAACCCCUUCGUUGAGGAGGCUUACCAGAGGCUGGCCCUCGACCAGCUUAUCAGGCUCGCGGGGAUAGAGGAGGACGACCUCCUCAUCAUGUCAGACGUGGAUGAGAUCCCUAGCCGGCACACUAUUGAUCUACUGAGAUGGUGUGACGACAUUCCUCAAGUUCUCCACCUCCAGUUGAAAAACUAUGUAUACUCGUACGAGUUCUUGUAUGAUCUCCAGAGCUGGAGGGCCUCGGUGCAUAGGUACCGGAGGGAGAAGACGAGGUAUGCUCACUACCGCCAGGCGGACGUCCUCCUGGCGGACGCUGGCUGGCACUGCAGCUUCUGCUUUCGCUACAUAAGCGAUUUCGUGUUCAAGAUGAAGGCUUAUAGCCACACGGAUCGAGUGAAAUUUUCUCAUUAUCUCAGCCACAAGAGGAUUCAGGAACUCAUAUGCAAAGGUGCUGAUUUGUAUGAUAUGCUACCGGAGGAGUACACGUUUAGGGAGAUCAUCGCGAAGAUGGGGCCGAUUCCUCAAUCACACUCAGCCGUUCAUCUCCCCGAGUUCCUUUUCGAGAAUGCGGAGGAGUACAAGUACCUUUUGCCCGGGAACUGCGUAAGGGAGAGUGAAUGAGGGUAGAUGAUAGGAUUAGCCAGCAAAUCUCGCCCAAGAUAUUCUACAACAUACCUUCUUAAUUUUGUUUUAGUUAGCAUAGCAGUUUAUUUCAAUUAAUUAUUUUUAUGCAAUCUUUAUCUUCCUUCAGCCUAAUUAUUGUAUGAAUUGGAAGGUAGAAACGCCUCUUUGAACCUCAACUAUAGCUUUUUCGCU